AGCUGACCUCACACAUGUUCUAAGCCCUACUCCGGCCUGAUCCUUUUUUCCUGAGCCUCAGAGCUAAAAUGCUCCUGAGCUCUUCCUUGUUGCCUGGGAAGACCAAUUGAAGUUCCCUUGCCCAUGUUAGGAGGUAUACGCCUACUGAACUAAAGAUAGAAACAGCUGGCCCUUCUAGGCAGCUAAAAACCUCCAGACUAAGAGGUGUUACCCACUCAGCAGCCAGACUCCUUGAAAUACCCUUUCUGUAGUUAUACCAACGCCUCUAUGUCUCUACUCUGCCAUAACAAAGGCUGUGGGCAACGCUUUGACCCCAAUACCAACCUUUCUGAUUCCUGUUGCCAUCACCCUGGUGUCCCAAUCUUUCAUGAUACACUUAAGGGUUGGUCCUGCUGCCGGAAGCGAACUGUAGAUUUCUCUGAAUUCUUAAGCAUCAAGGGCUGUACUAUGGGACCACAUUGUGCUGAGAAGCUCCCUGAGGCCCCACAACCUGAGGGCCCUGCCGCAAGCAGUUCACUUCAGGAGCAAAAACCUCUGAAUACGAGUCCAAAGUCAGCAGAGACUUUGCGCCAGGAGAGGCCCAAGUCAGAGUUGCCUCUGAAGCUGCUGCUGCUAAAUAUAUCCCAAGCCCUGGAAAUGGCAUUGGAACAGAAGGAACUAGACCAGGAACCUGGGGCAGGACUUGACAGUAGUCUGUUCCGGACUAGUUCCAGCUGCCAGAACCCAGGAUGUGAUGCUGUUUACCAAGGCCCUGAGAGUGAUGCUACUCCAUGUACCUACCACCCAGGAGCACCUCGGUUCCAUGAGGGGAUGAAGUCUUGGAGCUGUUGUGGCAUCCAGACCCUGGAUUUUGGGGCAUUCCUGGCACAGCCAGGAUGCAGAGUUGGUAGACAUGACUGGGGGAAGCAGCUACCAGCAUCUUGCCGCCAUGAUUGGCACCAGACAGAUUCCUUAGUAGUGGUGACUGUAUAUGGCCGGAUUCCACUGCCUGCACUCAACUGGGUAAAGGCCAGUCAAACGGAGCUUCAUGUCCACAUUGUCUUUGAUGAUAAUCGUAUGUUCCAAGCACAGAUGAAGCUCUGGGGGGUCAUAAACGUGGAGCAGAGCUCUGUCUCCUUGAUGCCAUCUCGGGUUGAAAUCUCCCUGGUCAAAGCUGACCCAGGAUCCUGGGCCCAGCUGGAGUACCCCAAUUCUCUAGCUGAGAAGGCUAGGGCUGGGGUUGGGUUAGAAAUGGAUAAGGAAGAAUCUGAGGAUUCAGAUGAUGAUCUGAGCUGGACAGAGGAGGAAGAGGAGGAAUCUAUGGGGGAAUAGUGACACCAGACAGCUGAGUGUCUACAUAGGACCCCAAUGACUCCUUUAGGACCUCAGAGACCAGGAUAUGGUUGGCCAUGUGAUAUGAUUAAGCAGCAGGGGGCUGAAGGAGGGGAAAACAAAAGUGUCCAAAACAUGUUGUUUUUCCCUUAAAUAAAUCUUGUAUUCUGCAGAAUUACAUAGUGUCAUUCUCUCACCUCACUAUCUAAGAUCAUAUUAAUUCCCCCCAACCUCUAUGUGUGUUCAGCACAUGUGUGAAAACAAGCACAACCACAUUUGGUCUAUUCUUCACAGCCACCAGGUAUUUACUGAAUACUAUGUGCCCAGGUAUAUGUUAGGUGGUUUAGAGAUAUUUUAAAAACAUAAAAUUUAUUCAUUCUUCUCAAGAAAUUACAAUCUGGCUGGCAAGCCAAGUCUAAUUUGCAUAAAAUAAUAAUAAACAUUAUUAGGCCAUUUAACUGAGUAUUAAAUUGUACAGUACAGUUUUUAAGAGCUGCAGGAGUUGAGAGAAUGUGGAUUAAUGUGGACUGGAUUACUAAGGGAAAGCUUCAUGGAAGAAGUACAUUUUUUAUAGCUUUAUUAACAUAUAAUUCACAUAUUAAUACAAUAUAUCCAUUUAAAGUAUACAAUAGUUUUUUGUAUGUUCAUAACUUGUGCAACCACAAUCAAUUUUAGAACAUUUUCGUCACUGCAAAAAGGAACCCUGUACCCAUUAGUAGUCACUUCUCACAUCCCCCAAAACCCAUAGCCCUAGGCAACCACUAUUAUCUACUUUCUAUCUCCAUAGAUUUGCCUAUUCUGGACAUUU